AUGAAGGCGGCGUCGCACGAGAGACUUACGCAGUACGCACACAAGGGUAAUAGCAACGGCGAACGAUAUCCGACUUGCUGGUCGCGGCACGAAUUAUGGCCCGUCGGAAUCAGACGACAACUGAUGAUCCGACACGAAGUAAUAACAACGGGCGCGAAUGUCGGCGGCGAACACGCGACAAUGAAUAGCAGUCGCACAACGGAAAACAGGUCGAUGAUGAUCGGAACGACGUCGAAGACGAAUGAUGAUAAUAGCGAAACGCAAGCACGGUGGCGGACACGACCGUCGGCUAACACACCGUACCUAACGUUUAUAACUUCGCGGGUAUACGAUCUAUAA